UUCCCUUCCCUAUGCGCGGCAACUCUAAAAGCUGAUCUGCGUGUGGUCUGAGACAAGUGCCGCCCACGUAGAUCUGAGAUCAGGCAGAGAUCGUGGAUGGCAGCGGACCUUUAAGAGCUGGCCGAGAUGGCGAGAUUGGCUCACCUGCGACUGUUGCUGUUGCUGAUGCUGUUGCUGUUGCUCUUUGUCUGUCUCCGUUCUCUGUUCUCUGCUCUUUGUCUGUCUCUGCUCUCCGUUCUCAGGGGCGACCCACGCGACCUGUCACUUCCACGCAUUUCGCAACUCCCUACGAAGGUGGCGGGGCGCUUCCCUACUCAAUUUCACAGACACCUGUUACACGCAUACACGCAUACACGCAUACAUCACCAGUUACAACACGCUUACAUCAUCAACCAUAUCUAGAUCUUGCUGCAACAACGGUCUCGGUAUGACGGCGUCGGUUUCGAGCAUGGAAACUCGGUCAGCACUGAUGGACCGGUCGACCGUUGGGAUUGGCCAAGCACGGUU